UCAACCAUCCCGGCCACUCUUUCCCUCCUGGUUUCGUGUUCAUUUUAUAUUCAACAAUCCCCGCCACUCUCUUUCUCUCUCCCUCCCGGUUGCGUGCUCAUUUUCUCCACGAAAAUUCAUUUCAUUAUCGCUUCGUACCAUUUCCCCAGAAUAUUCCAUCUUCUUCAUUUUCCUAGAUUUUCUUGAACCCCAUUUCAAGAACAAAUUUCCAUUAUUUUUUUUUUCCUGAAUUUUCUUGACAAUAACAAACGACACAUCCUAUUUUCUUGAAAAGGCUGGUUUGGGUUUUAGUGCGUGGUAUAAGUAAUCUUAUAAACAAAAAAUGGGAAGUAAAUGGAAUAGAGUGAAGCUAGCACUGGGGAUGAAUCUGUGUAUCUAUACACCAAGGAAUCAGACCCUGGACAAUGAUGAUGAGGAUGAUUCUUUGCCGCCAGCACAACCACCCGAGAGGCGUUCCAGCAAUGCUUUGACAUCGCCAGGGGCCGUCGGGACCGCUGCACCGUUGUCGCAGGGAUUAAAUCGGCUUAGGCUUUCUAAGAGUUUGAGCAGACCUUCUUCAAAGAAGACCUGCUCAAUAUGCUUAGGAUCGAUGAGACGAGGAGAGGGUCAUGCCAUAUUCACUGCAGAAUGUUCGCAUUCCUUUCAUUUCCAUUGUAUUGCUUCAAAUGUCAAACACGGAAACCAGAUUUGCCCGGUUUGCAGAGCAAAGUGGAAAGAAAUUCCUCUGCAGAGCCCGAGCCUGGAUCUUCCAGUUCGAAGGGCAAGAUUCAAUCGUGAAGGUUCACUCCAGAAUGAUGCUUUAAUGCCAAGGCCCCGUCAAUUACCUCCUCGACGCAAUGCAUCACUAUUUCACCGCCCUGAGCCAGCAAUUUUCAACGAUGACGAGCUGUUGGAUUGUCAAAUUGACUCAUCUGGGAGAGGCUCGUCAAACAAGAAUGCUGAAGAUCGUGAUGACCGGAGUAGAGUUACGAUUAAGACAUACUCAGAAUAUCCAGCAGUUCCACAGUCGAGUGCAUUUGAUGACUUCACCAUCUUGCUUCAUCUGAAAGCUCCUUCUUCAAAUUCCAGGGAAAUUCCCAGUGGGGACCAGGAUAGUUUGACCCAAAUUUCUCCAACUUGUCGUGCUCCGGUUGACCUUGUUACUGUUCUUGACAUCAGUGGUAGCAUGGCAGGUGCAAAGCUUGCAUUGUUAAAGCGCGCUAUGGGGUUUGUGAUACAGAAUCUUGGUCCGAAUGACAGGUUGGCAGUAGUUGCCUUCUCAUCAAAUGCCCGCCGACUUUUCCCCCUUUUAAGGAUGUCCGAAACGGGACGGGAGCUAGCAUUGCAAGCCGUUAACUCUUUGGUUGCAGUUGGAGGGACAAACAUUGCCGAAGGUUUGAGGAAAGGUGCCAAAAUAAUGGAAGAUAGAAGGGAAAAGAAUCCAGUUUCCAGUAUAAUAUUACUUUCUGAUGGGCAAGACACAAAUUCAGUCGGUAAUGCUGAUGGCAAUAGGAAUCAACCAGCUUGUCAGUUACUCCUUCCUUUGUCUCUUCACACCGAAGACAGUUCCAGUUUUAAGAUUCCAGUCCAUGCUUUCGGAUUUGGUGCAGAUCAUGAUGCAUUGUCAAUGCACUCAAUUUCUGAGAGUUCUGGUGGAACUUUUUCUUUCAUCGAGACUGACAGGGUAAUCCAGGAUGCUUUUGCACAGUGCAUCGGAGGCCUUCUGAGUGUUGUUGUCAAGAACCUGCAGGUCAGCAUCGAAUGUGUUCACCCUAGAGUGCAUAUUUGCUCUUUAAAAGCAGGAAGUUAUCCCAAUCGCAUGAUGUCUGAUCAACGCACAGGAUCUGUGGAUGUUGGAGAUAUUUAUGCUGAUGAAGAAAGGAACUUUCUGGUUUCGGUCAGUGUCCCGGAUGAGUUAUCAAGCGAUGAAACGUCAUUGUUGAAGGUGAGAUGCAUUUACAAUGAUCCCUUAAAAAAUGAAGCGGUUAGCUUAGAAAGUGAAGAAGUUAGAAUUAUGAGACGUGCAGUGGCUGGACAAGAGGAAACAUCCAUUGAAGUUGAUAGACAGCGGAAUAGGCUUCGAGUAGCUGAUGCAAUGGCACAAGCCAGAACUGCUGCUGAAACUGGAGAUUUAGCUCGUGCAGUUUCGAUCCUCGAGAACUGCAGGACAUUGCUGUCGGAAACGGUGUCUGCUAAAUCUCAAGACCGACUCUGUAUUGCACUCGAUGCCGAGCUCAAAGAAAUGCAAGAGAGGUUAGCAAGUAGACGUGUAUAUGAGACAUCAGGAAGGGCAUACAUUCUGUCUGGACUGAGCUCACACUCGUGGCAGAGAGCGACAGCCCGAGGCGACUCUACAGAUGGCUACAGCCUCGUUCAGGCCUAUCAAACACCUUCAAUGACUGAUAUGCUUACUCGUUCUCAGGCUACCUUAUCAAGAACAAAGCCGAGAUAAGUACAAAUUUUGACUUGGGUUGGAUAAGCAGUUCAAACAGUUUUUCAUCUUUCGAUGUCUUCCCUUCUGGUAAUCGGAAGAAAUAAAAAUUGUAAAGGGUCCAGUAUAUUUUUGAGAAGAGAACAGUAACUAGGUUCACUUGUAUUUAACUGGUGUACUAUUGGGGGAUGUAUAUUAGAAGGUAGGCCUUUCCGUCUUUGAGAGGAUUGGAUAUAAUUUUAAUAGUUAAUAAUAGGAGACCUCUUUACAUUAUACUAUAAUAAUACUGCUAUUUGAAUCUUC